CAACAUUCCAUUAAACAUUCCUCUCGCGGGACUGUCCUGCCCGAAAUCUCGCGAUGUUUCCUGCUGUUUAGUAUUUUGGUGGCAGCCAGCAGCAGGCAGCAGCCAGUAACCCGGGGAGACGGGGGAGACCAAGUCCAAGAAAGGUGGAGACUCCUGCUCAACUUCCUGCACAAUAAUCUGGAAGCAACCACCAAGAGAGAGAGAGAGAGAGAGAGAGCUGGGGACUCUGCUGCUGCUGCUGCUGGGGCAAAAGACGAAUGGAUAUACGACUCACUUUACUUCUUUUCUCGCCAGUGAAUCGACCCUGAAACACUUAAAGUGGUUGAUUCCAUCUUACCUGGCUAGUAGCUACUAGCUAGCAGUGGAGGCUGCUGCUCUGCUGGAGAACACAUUCCCAACAUUGUGAUAGCGAGGCGGUGAUAGAAGGAGCAGGAAUGGAGGUGGUGGUGGAGUACGAGUAUGAGGCGCUCCACGAUGACGAGCUGACCCUGCGACCGGGCAACAUCAUCAAGAACGUGCGGUACAUCGAGGAGGAUGGCUGGAUGGAGGGAGACCUCAACGGGAAAAGGGGCCUCUUCCCCGACAACUUUGUCAAGGAAUUGAAGAAGGAAUCCAAAGAGGUCAAGGAAACAAAGACUGAGCCAAAAGAGGAGGCCUCUCAGCCUCAGAGGAGAGAGAAGAGUGCAGGAAACGUGGCCAACCUGGUUCAGAGGAUGAGCACCAUCGGCAUCCCGACCGGCGGCUUCCUACCUCAGCCACCGGCGGCUGCAAAGAAGCCCAAGAAGAGGCAGUGCAAGGUUCUGUUUGACUAUCAGCCGCAGAACGAAGACGAGCUGGAGCUGAAAAUCGGAGACCUCGUUGAGAUCGUUGAAGAGGUCGAAGAGGGCUGGUGGAAUGGCGCCAUCAACGGCAAGUCGGGACUGUUUCCCUCUAACUUUGUCAAAGAGCUAGACGCCACAGGAGAGGACGGAGAGUCCAACGACACGACGGCAGACGAGGCGGAUGGAAUUGGAAUGGAAAGCAGCUCCCCCGUACCGGCCUCAGGAAACGGAGUCAUCGCUCAGCCCAAGAAGAUCCGAGGCGUUGGCUUCGGAGACAUUUUCAAAGAGGGGUCGGUCAAACUAAAGGCCCGACUGCCGAGCCCCGAAACGGAGGAAAGGAAGGACAGACCAAUCCCAUCAUUACCAUCUGCCGCAAAGCCUGCCCAUCCCAACAUGACAGACUCGCAGAGAGCGGACGCGGACGGCAAAUCCAAAGCGAAAGAGUACUGUAAGGUCACGUUUGCUUUCGAGGCUACGAACGAGGACGAGCUGACCAUCAAGGAGGGCGAAAUCAUCCACAUCCUGAGCAAGGACACAGGAGAGCCCGGCUGGUGGCGAGGGGAGAUCGGGGGCAGAGACGGCGUCUUCCCCGACAACUUCGUAGUCCUGGUGUCUGAAGCAGAGAAAGAGACUCCCACGUCGAGAGGGUCGUUGAGAUCAUCUCCUAAGCAGGAGUCAGAAGAGAAGCCGAAGAAGCCGCCUCCGCCAUCGAAAAGCAUAGCCCUCAAGCCGGAGGUUCCCAGCGCCGACAGGAAGCCUCAUCCCACCAGGCCGGAGGACAGAGUCGACAGGCCUACGCCAGAUCACAAACCAUCCAAGCCCGCGGCGCCGGUCGUCCCGCCCAAGAAGCCGGUCCCCCCUCCCGGUAGAGGCAGAAACUUCCCACCGAAGAGGCCAGACAAGCCUCUCGCUCCCUCGCCAAACCUCAAGCACAAUGGAGAGGUGCCUUCCACACGACCAAAGUCCGAGUUCGAGCCAUUAUUGCCCACCAAACCCAAACCACUGUUUAAGGACUGGGGGGAGAAGUCCUCGGAUGGGGAGAAGUCCUCGGAUAUGGUCUCAACAGAUCUGAUGAGUUUUGAUGAGUUGUCGUCUACCUCGGAGAAGCUCUCUCACCCCACUGCUAACAGACCAAAGAUGCCUGGCAGGAGGCUGCCCGCCCAGUUUGGUGGAGGACAAUCGCCCACCAAGGAAGUGAACGUGGAGAAAUCCUUCAAGUUUGAUGAAGAGGAUGCUGCCAAACCAAAGCUAACAGAAACCAGAAAGCCUUCCACAAACACCUUAUCCCAGUCACCGUCACUCCACAGGCCCGCCGAGGCCAAGCCGAGCCCGGCGGCAGCCCCUAGCUCGGACGGCGCGUCGCAGGGCGGCAGGGCCCGGCUGGAGCCCGACGAGCCCAAAUCCGAGCUGGACGAGCUGAGGAGCCAGAUGAAUGAGCUGCUGCUGUCAGUGGAGCUGCUCAAGGCCCAGCAAAUGAAAGAGAUAGUGGAGCUACGAGGAAAGCUGGAUGAGGAAAGGUUGAAGCGCGAGGCCCUGCAGAUGGAGAUAGAAAUACUGAAGCGGGCCGUCCACUCGACGUGAGGACCACGUUCCAAUCAACAGCAAGCCUCGAGGUCAGCUGCUGGCCUGUCGACCAACCAGAGAGCAGGAGGAAGGGGGGGGGCAGUGACGGACGGAUAGUUGAACGGACGGAGAGAGGGUGGGGAAUCAAGACGGAACCAUCUGGAGCACAAUCCUUUUUCAGUGAUCUAAAAAAACUCUCCCCGUUAUUUGUAAGAUUUACAUUUUUGCACAUAUAUAUAAAAAAAAAAUGUUCAAGCUAAAUGUAAUUAAGUUACAGAUGUAUAUGUUUCUCUCUUUUUCUUUUCUUUUUUUCUUUUGCCAACACACAACAAAAAAAAACGGAGGCCUUAUACUUCAAACUACUGCGCUGCCACUCCCCGCUCUCUCCCAGUCACUCCGGCGUUCCUUGAACCCCUCAGGGAGGAGGUUCGCUCUCAGUACUACUGACUUUGUAUAAAAGCAGGGGGACGCUUGUUUUCCUCGCCUAAUUUUCUUUCUUUCUUUUCUUUUUUUUAUGGUGCACAAAUAGUUGAUUUAAAAAAAAAAAUAAGUUUGAUUUCUGUUUAACAUCUUUUGAUCCUUCUAGCGAAUGAUUUUCUUUCUUUCCUACGCGACGCGCCUGUCGGCAGCACUCCACUCCACGUGGCUGCGGCGCUCCAGAGAGAGCUUUCUUUUUGUCUUUUUAUAUGGUUUCUAGCAUUCCUAUCCAGGGUAACACUACUGUGCCUGUUUAAAAAACAAAAUUAUAUAUAUAUAUUAAGUGUUUGUAAUGGGAAGCUUACAUAUGACAUGAUGGUGUCUGGAAAUUUUUGCAGCAUGAUAUUGUAUAUCUAUAUUUUUUAAGUCUACUGACAUAUGCCUAGUCAAAUACUAUAUAGAGGGCCUCUUCUAUGCUGGUCUCUUCUAUUUUUGUCAAACUGUUUCAGUCGCUGGGAAUGUUCUCAGAAGUUUUUGCCAGAGUCAUAGACCCCUUUUCUUGUGUCGACGUCAUGAUAACAUCUCGGUGUUAGCUGGAGGCAAAAAACAGAAGAGAGACUGGAUGCUAACACUAGUGCUGGGUUAAAGUUACACAUCGAAAAUGUCAUCUCGCCGUGUUGUUGGGUGCCAAAAUCCAGAUAUCGCGUACAUUUGAGAUGACAAACUGUGAUUUAAGGCUCUAGCGAGCUACAAUAUCGGCAAAACGUUUUACAUGUUGCUAAUGUAUAUAACCUUCUGCUAACUGCAGAUGGCUGCAUUAGCAGAAGGCUAAACUAUUAGCAACCAUUUCACUCCAUCUCUGAAACGCUUCGCCGAUAUUGUGCGACUCUCUUUUUGACUGACUUUACUGAAGGAUAGUUAACUAUCGGCAUCCAAAGAUUUAUACGUCCUCAAUUUAUUUACAGCGCUGCCGCUGGCCACCAGCUCGCCGAGCGGACGGCUGGCUACUUAGCUAACUUAGCUUCCUAAUUCCACCGCGCUUCCAUCACGCAAAAUUAGGCGAAACAAAGUUGUCAACUCAUCUGGCGAUAGCGCUGUAGCUUUCCUACGCUGUGUGUGGAUGAAGCAUUAAGUUGUUCCAUUUUACUCAUUUAGUGACUGGCUAGUUAGCUAGCUACCUUGCUAAUUCCACCAUGCUACAGAAAAUGAGCCCAAUAGCGGACAUCGACGGGUCACGGUCCCUCUUCCUCACUCCUCGCCGCAAGGAGACUGCUUCGCCGGGAGGAGAGCAGGCGUUAGCCAGCUUGCUUGUCAGGCUCCGGACAAGCUAGCUAGCUAACAAGACAGUUACAGAGACAGAAAAUUAAGAUAGCUAACGUUAGUUAGUUAGUUAGUUAUAACCCAUUGGUUAAUGUUAACUUUCUCAACUAAGACUCAUGAUCCCGGAGAGCGAGUGACAGUACAUAUUGAGUAUUUUCUUCAGCCAUUGUUAAAAAAAAACAAGCCAGCAAUACUUGCUAGCCGUCGUUAGCUAACGUAUUCAGAGAUUUUUUCAGCCUCCACUUAAAGCUGCGCCCGCAAAAUACGUCAUCAUGUCGAACUAACAGAAAAUGGGUCUAUGGUCUGCGGGUAGUGCACACAGAAUCCACAUGCAAAAAAACAACAACUCUAAAGAGAAGAAAAAGGAAGGAGAGACUGCACUCUUCCAUAGACGUGUUUAUCAAAAAAGCAGCCUCAUUACGGUCAUCUCUGCAACUUGCUUUUAAUCUGGCCCUCUAAUAAUCCCUGUCUUCCUCUUCCUUUCUCCCAGCCCUCUUUGAUUUAUGUGAUGUGAGAGGAGCCUUGUCUUUCUUACUCUGUAAUGUCGUGCACGAGCAUGCAGUUGCCCUUAUUGUCCUUAUUCUACAUGUCUACAUCUCUUUCCACAUUCCGAGUACACAAAUUAAGAUAACUGGAAGCAGAAGAAGCAGCGAGAUUGAAAUGAAAAUGAAAUUAACUCACAUUCUUUCUCAUCCUAACUCUGUUUUAAGGAGCAAACGGGUUAAAGCCCCUAUGUGUAGAAUUUGUACUGUAUAUGAUUAUAUAAUCCUUCAAAUUAUUCUCUUGGUGAAAGUUUUUGUAGGUAAAAAAAAAUUAGACAAUCCCGGUACAAAUUGGUGUCUUUUUUAGCCACCUAGCGUCAUCGCUCAAGAGAUAGCACUCGCCGUCCGUCUGUCUGUCAGUUGAGUGGUCAGUCCGCCGCUUUUGGUCCAGACUGGAAUAUGCUUGUAAAUAUUGUAUGGAUUGCAAAGAAAUUUGGCACGGACAAUCGUGGUCCCCAGAGGUUAAAUGCUAAUGAUUGGCGCCACCAACAGGAUAAAUUAUCCAGGGAAAUAUCUCCAACAGAUGCAUUGGCCAAACAUUUAUCGCUACCAGAUCUAUGUAACUUUGGUGACGAUACAUUAUUUAGGGCGAUACAUUACAAAAUUUAAGUGAGUUAAUGAUAUCGAUCCUAGUGAAUCAGGAGGACCUUGUCAGCUUGCCACCCAGCAGCUCAAAAUAUGUAAAUCUUUGGAGGCCGGGUAGGUAUAUAUAAUUAAGAUCUACAAGCCAAUCGCCAACUCCACAAUCAUCCGGACAAAGAUAAGUUAGCUAAUGUUAUGCUAACAGAAGUGUAGUGUUUAGUGUUAUCUUUUUUACCCUUGGCAGCAAACAGCCGGCGGAUGGCACUCUUAACCCUUUAUCCUCCAAAAAUGGUGGACUUUCUGUCGGUGACGUCACAUUCCCAUUCCCAAAACUGAUAAAAAAAACUCCCAUCAGCCUCAGCUGCACUUAUUGGUAAUUAGCAAAUGUUAGCACGCUAACACGCUAAACUAAGUUGGUGAACAUGGCUAACCUUGUACCUGUUGUUAACAUCCGCAUGUUAACAUUAUUACUGACCGCUACUGGAUUUUUGAGGCCAAUAUUAAUAUAUGAAAGUUUAAAAAUCUGCUGACAAUAUGUCGACCGAUUAAUAUUUUUAUAUAAACAUCUUGCAUAAACAAACAUUUUUGGUAAGGUUUUUUUUUUUUUUUUUUUUCAAUUACGACCAAGAUAUCAACUAUUUAUAGUCGGAACAUUUUACAGUUCUUUUAUCCCCGCAACAAACAAACAAAAAAUGGUCAUGUUGUUCAGAAACAUAUCUUUGUAGCAUGUUAGCAUUUAGCUCGAAGCGCGGGGUACUGCCUCGCGGGGCAGCAAGCACGGCUGACGCUUAUGGGCCUUUGACACAGAACAGUACUGCGCUCCGAAACUUCAAUGGCGUGGCGGCGCAACAACAGCUUUUUGCUGCGCCGAGCGAAGCGUGAGUUCCCAAUAGAGUGCUACAGGAAUGAGUCCUAAAACCCGGAAAUGAGUUAGCAUUUUAGCACUUCCGAUUACCUCAUCUGGAAGUCAAUGGGUUUUUAGUUAGAUGCCUGAAAUACGGUCUGUGGUUAACACAAGCUGAAGAGAUUUUAACGUUUUGUUCUACGAUAUAAAAUGCAUCAAUAAAUACCGCACUACUGAAUUUUGAAGCUUUUUUUGUCUCAAUAAAAAAAGGUAAGUAUCAAACGUUUGAAUCCAAAACCCAAUGGAAAAAAUCCCGUUGGCGUUUUGUCGAGGGUUAGCAUGUAGCAUGCUAACUUCCUGGUUGGCCUACAAAAAUAAAUCAUCCCUGAAGCAUUCUAUGUUCAAGCUGGUUGAACUUUGGACGUAGCGCACUGGGACGCGCAGUAAUGAGCGCGGUGCAAACCGAGUUCCGCGUGAAAGGCCCGUUAGUCUCGUUCGAUACCGCCGCUAGAAGUCGCCAAAAGGCUAAAAUGUUCAAAUCCUACACAUUGGAGCUUUAAGAUGGAGCUCAUAAACAGAAAAGGAAAUGGGGGUGCUCACUUACUGUAUGUACACAGCUGCGUCCAGCAGCACAGAACUACUGCUGCCCUUCUGCACACUGAUUGUGGAUUCUUCUCACUGCUAGCGAGGUUCAGGGCUACAGGAAUGAGUCGAAACUAAUGCGAGUUCCUCUCAGUCGGCUCUAACUUGUAGCCCUGAGCUCUGAGUGUACAGCGUUGUGGUUCUGUGCUGAUGAGCAGCUUAUAUCUCGGUGUUGAGAUACCAGUAAAGUAUAACCCCCCCCUCUGGUCAGCCCAGAGUGUUGAUAUCACAUAUUUACAGCAGGUUUUUGUUUCCAAGUCAAAAAUGUUGUACUUUCACAUCUACUCCUGUGUACCACAAGUACUGGUUACUAUUAUUCUCUUUUUUAUUUUAAAUAUCUUUAUACAUGUCUCACAAAUGUCUUAAAGAAGUGUUACUUUGCUUUUAAAUCAUCCUCAGGCUUCGUUCCAUGUGUUCGACAUGUGUGCGUGUGCAUGCUUUUCGCUGGCGUCUGCUCGCAAAGUCUAACAAGAGUCUGUGAUGUUAAAUUCUGGACUCCAGAGUGUCUUUGACCAAGUUGAUGUUGUAUAUCUGACGGCACUCACGCAACAUGUUCGACGCCUGACAUAAAACAAACUUCCUUUUUUUUAGCAAGCGGGUCUUAACCGAUACAGCCGGGCGAUGAAAUCUGGGUGAAAGCUCUUCAUGUAAUAUCCGUAAUAUGGUUUAACUUCCACAUAUGAUACAUUCCAGAGUUUGACACCAAGAAAAAGAAUAAAUCUGUGCACAUUUAUAACAUAUUUUCAAGUGAUUUUGUUUACAAAGAGCUGUAUCCUUGCAUGAGCUGAGAUUCUUUUCGAAAAUGAAUAAAUAUCAUCUUUAUUUACUGUCA